CGGCUCUUGCAGGCAGUGCAGGCGUCCGCGCCCGUGGGUCUCCUGGGGUGCUGCAAGGUCCCGGGGCCGAUGCCUGACCUGCUGCAGGGGAGCGUGGGAAAACCGCGACGUUAGCGAUUUCAGAGGACCGGGGAGAUAGGAGUUCGGCUCUCUGCGUGGAUUUCUGAGUGCUUUGGAGACCCCGUGAGAACUUAGAAAUGGCAAAAAGCCUUUUGACUACAUCUCUGUCUGCAAGGACGAAACUGUUACAAACGGGUGUGUCACUUUAUAAUACAUCUCAUGGCUUCCAUGAGGAGGAAGUGAAAAAGAUACUGGAGCAGUUUCCUGGUGGAUCCAUUGACCUUCAGAAGAAACAGAAUGGCAUUGGCAUUCUCACUCUGAACAACCCCAAUAAAAUGAAUGCCUUUUCAGGUGCCAUGAUGUUACAACUUUUGGAAAGGGUAAUUGAAUUGGAAAAUUGGACAGAAGGGAAAGGCCUCAUUGUCCAUGGGGCAAAAAAUACUUUUUGCUCAGGAUCUGAUCUGAAUGCUGUGAAAGCACUCUCCACUCCAGAGAAUGGAGUGGCCUUAUCUAUGUUCAUGCAGAACACCUUAACAAGAUUUAUGAGACUACCGUUAAUAAGCGUUGCUCUGGUUCAAGGCUGGGCAAUGGGUGGAGGAGCAGAAUUUACUACAGCAUGUGAUUUCAGGUUAAUGACUGUGGAGAGUGUGAUCAGGUUUGUCCACAAGGAGAUGGGGAUAGUGCCAAGCUGGGGUGGUGCCAGCCGGCUGGUUGAAAUCAUCGGCAGCAGACAAGCUCUCAAAGUGUUAAGUGGGACCUUCAAACUGGAUUCCAAGAAAGCUUUAAAUAUAGGCUUGGCUGAUGAGAUCUUACAGUCUUCUGAUGAAUCUAAGGCUCUGGAAGAGGCCCAGGAGUGGCUAGAGCAGUUUGUCAGUGGGCCUUCAGCAGUCAUUAGAGGUUUAAAGACAUCUGUUUGUUCAGGCCGAGAGCUGUAUUUAGAAGAAGCAUUACAGAAUGAAAGAGAUGUUUUAGGCACACUGUGGGGUGGGCCUGCAAACCUAGAGGCUAUUGCUAAGAGAGGGAAACAUACUAAAUAGUUUCUAAAAUGUGGGUGUACUACAGUUGACGCUGCCCUGAGAUGGAUGGAAGUGAUGAUAUGAAAAAGGAGCAGCAGAAUUCAUUUGAAGUUAACGUGCUUAUUUGGUUUGGGUGAUAUUUUCCAUAACUCAAUGUGUUGGUUUUUCUUUCUUUUUUAACAUUUGCUUAAAGUCACUUCUGCAAAUUUCUACAUUCCUAUAGUAAUUAUCCUAGAGCCAAAGGUCAAUUUUCAAACAGGAACCCUAUCCCUGGGCUUAUCUUUUGUAAUAUACUUACAAUUUAAAUUUUAAGGCUGGGUCUUAAACUUAUUUAUGUAGCCAAGGGUAGUCUUGAAUUUCUAAAUGCUGGUAUAUACUAUUGUGUCUGGCCAUUUUGUUCUUUCUUAAGUUGAUGUAAUUUACAAAAAUAAAAUUAAAAACAAAAUAAAAAGAUCUCAGUAAAUGUGUCAUAUUAAGCAGAAAGCAGAGAGGAUUAGAGGCAUGCAAGAAAUAUUAGUCACUUGUUCUGCUCUGUACACUUAAAAUAUUGAUGGAAAUGGUCCUUCAAUAAAGAAAAAAGUGCCUCUUUGCUGAA